AUGGCUGCCCUCGAAACACGUCUCGAGACGCCCUUCUCGCCCGACUUUGCUCCCUCCCACCACGCACACACAGACUCGCUGGUCAGCGUACCCCUCACAGACUCGGUACUCAGCUCUCCUCUAGACGAGUCCACCCCUCGACAUGGCGGACAUGACGAUGACGAGGCCGGCAUCGCCACCGUGACCGUCCCCAGCCCCGGCCGCACUGCUUCGAUUGGCGGCGCAUCGCUACUCAGCCUACACAUCCCCAAGGAGGCCCUCGGCAUGAGUCUGGGUGACUUCUGGGCCUUUGUCGUCCGUGACUACCAAGAGGCUCUAUUAUCCAUGCCCACCAUGACCCCAAUCAUGAUACACAAAGGAGUCCCCGACUUCCUGAGGCCUGUCGUGUGGGGAGGCAUUGCCGGCGCCCGUGAAGAACGACUCUACUCGGAAUUCGACCGUCUGCUGGCACAAAUCGAGAGCGAACCACCCACAUCGGACACUAUCAUUGACAAGGACAUUGGCCGCUGCUUCCCCAACCACCCUCUCUUCGCCCAGGCUGGCGGUGAGGGUCAGAACAUGCUCGGCCAGGUCCUGAAGUGCUACAACUUAUACGACCCGGAGAUUGGCUACUGCCAGGGAAUGGGCUUCAUUGUUGGCAUCUUGCUCAUGAAGAUGGACGCUAGAGAUGCCUUCUGCGUCUUUGUCAGGCUCAUGGAAACCCACGGACUCCGCGACUCCUACUCACAUUCCUUGACUGGUCUCCACUCACGUAUAUUCCAGUUUCAACAGCUACUUACCCCAUUAGCUCCCAAGCUUGUCACCCAUUUCAAGAACUUGGGUGUCGAGUUUGCAUAUCUUUCACAGUGGUUCAUGACCAUCUUUGCUACCACAUGUCCUCUGGAUACUCUUUUCCGCAUCUAUGAUGUUGUCCUUGCCGAGGGCGCGGAUGAGACUGUCAUGCGUGUCGCCUUGGCUCUGGUCCUCAAGAAUGAGCAAAAGCUACUGGCCAUGGCAGAGUUGGAGGACGUAUUGCAGCUGCUUCUUUCUCGCGAAAUUUGGGAGCCAUACGAGAACAACCCGGACCAACUAAUCGAAGAAGUCACCACUCUCUUCAAGCAAGUUGUCACUCGGGAUGCCCUCGACAAGCUCGGCAAGCAAUUCCUCAAACAGGCAGAAAGAGGCUCGGCAGAUAGGACUGUCCGCGCUCUAGGCUUCACCAGCACCUACGGAAAUGCCUUUAGACUGUUUGACUUCUGGUCUGGAUCAAAGAGCGACUCUCUUUCGCCUGCUGCCCCUCUUCGUCGCAAAGCAUCCGGACAGUCGCUUUCUACUCUCAACUCCAUCUCUGGUAGUGGAGCUAGCAUGAUCAGCACCGACAGCUACGCCAGCACUGCUCCUACCGAGGUUGAUGACCUUGAGAGAGACAGUGCUACUCCAACAAAGCCUCACAGAUCCUUCAUCUCCCAAGACAGAAACUUGCACGAACAAGUCGAGGGCCUAUUGCUUGCACUUAGUGAAGUGCAACGCGAAGCAGCCCAGACUGCAGCAAAUCUUCAACGAGAGGAGGCCAGAAAAACAAGAGCCCAAGAGAUUGUCGCCGACUUGCUUGAACUGUUCAGUGAGAAGAAGACAGUAGACGCAUAUCGCAGACAGCGUCGCACGACUCUACCCUCCAGAAUUGACCACGAGAAGACCCGAGAAGAGGUGACGGCACUGAAAAGACAAUCCAACUUUGUCAGAUCAGUAACGCACAGCAUCAUUGCCGGCAACGCUCCUGGCGAAGACAGGGAUGCCGGUCUUCAUUCUUCCCUGCUGAAGCUCUGUGCUCUUUUCGAUGCCGAAACAUCACUUGACUCCGACAGUGGAUCCGAGAAUGGCGAGACAUUACCAUCGCAAGCGCCGCUCCCCAGUGAGUACACUGUCAAGCUGGAGAACGAACUUGUCAAGUUGCGCCAGCGAGUCGCCAAGGACCGCACACACCGUCACAUGAAGAGGACAUCAGAUCUCAAGGACGCCCGACUGUCCCUCAAGGCGGGCGAAACUCCCUCCGAAUCAAUCAGAGUCCGCCGCUCUCUCUAUCGUCGCCAUGAGAAGAAGGCUUCUCGCGACCUCUCGAAUUCAUUCCCGGACAUCACAAUCUCCGUCCCUCGUGUACGACCACACCAACCCCUUCCCUCUCCUCGCUCCGCCACCCAACAACAUCGCCCUGGUCCUCCCCUCCGCAUGAUCAGAUCCCAAGACGGAACGGAAAUCCUCGCCAAACCGCAGAAAUUCGGCUUCAAAGCCAGGAAACCCGACGAGGCAGAUACUGCACGAGAAGACUCUGGCUCCAUCACUCCCACCACUAGUACAACAACAAUCCCUAAACGCAAGUCCUCACUGUCAUCCCAAAACAUCCUCUCUACACCUUCGCACGCACCCCCCUCAGACGAAACCCUCCUCGUUGAACUCGUAGCCGCAAAAACCCGCGAAGCAACCGCAAUACACGAAAACGAACUCUUGCAAAUCUCACUCGACAAAAUGCGACGACAGAUGGAGCAGCAUAAAGAGGAAAUGCAAGCCAAAAUAGAUGCCAUGGAGCACAUGAUGAUUGCACAGAUGGAAGCGCACGAAAACGAAAUGGAGAGAAUGAAGAUGUUGGUGCAGAGACCUGACACACCGAGUUCAAUGUUGGGACCCAGUCCUGGCGGGUCGCCCGAGAUGUUGGCGCCGGUUGCCAGUGGGGUGGGGGGAGGCAAGGCUGGCGGAUGGGGUUGGUUUGCCAAGGGGAGGAGUGUGAGUCAUUCGUCCACCAUGUGA